AGAUUCCACUACCAUCUACGCCCUCAAAACAAGUCACACAUACAACCAUCGAAACAAGGGAAAAUAAUAUAAUACCCACACGAAAUGAUUCAACGAAUGCAUUACAAAAAGACAUUCAUUCGAUGAAAGCAGAUCUGCUGGGUAGUGGUGCAUCGUCGGCUUCUUCAUCGCACUCUGCCACAAUUUCCAUGUCUGCGGGAAAUGGCAAUGGUAUGUCUGCGCUGGGAGGGGCGAGUAUAAAUGCAGUCGAUCGCAAAGGCACGCUGGCUAUUGGCAAAAGUAUGUAUUAUACCGAACAACCCCCGAAGCAAUUGGAUGGCUCUGCAGCUGGCAGAUUACACAAGUCUCCAAGCAUUUUUUAUUUGUGCAGAUUUGCACUAAUUUUUUUACUCCUAAGAAAUCGCUCAUAA